UUUGCUUCAUUCACUCUAAGAGGCGAAGCGCACUUUACAGGGCGCAGCUUUGCUUGAGCUUUGGAGCUGCUUGAGGCCGCUACGCUGACUGCUUGCUCGAAAUACGACACAUCGCGGGUACAGUCGCGCACAUUAGCGACUGUUUAUGCUGCUGAUCACACCGAGCACCGUAAUUUGUCAUCAGCUACUGCGAUUUCACGACGGCCCUCAAUCGGUGCGCGCUGAAAGACCAUGACGGAUGAAGCUACGAUCAUGGGAAAACUGGAGUGUCUCAAGGAAAUAAGGGCCCGUACAGUUCAGAUGGAAAAGCUCAAAUCAAGGCUUCGCGGUGAAAUAGAGGCGACAGAGAGUGAAGAACGCUGCCUCCAAGAGUACAGACACGAAAUGGAACUCCUGCUUCAGGAGAAGAUGGCCCACGUUGAAGAGUUGAGGCAGAUUCAUGCGGACAUCAAUGUGAUGGAGACAGUAAUCAAGCAGUCUGAGGAAGACAGGAACAAGCACCUCGACGGGGCCAAGCAGAUGCACCACGAGUACAAGCCGCUCAAAGAUCUGGUCGACAAGCUCCGGCUGGAGAUCGGCCUCUCCAAAUUGCCAGAGCUGCACGAGGAGGACCAAACCUUCAAGCCAGAGUUUUUCGAGAAGCAGAAGACCGAGUGGCACCAGAGCGACCUGACCGAAGCAGCCCUGCCCCCGUCCCUGGCCGCGGCCGUGCAGCAGAUGCAGCAGCCGGGGAGGAGCAAGGCUCUCGCCGAACGCCCGCAGCCCUCGGCCUUCCGCCAGCAGCCGCCGCCCAUGAAGGCGUGCCUGUCCUGUCACCAGCAGAUCCAUCGCAACGCACCCAUCUGUCCUCUCUGCAAGGCAAAGAGCCGCUCCAGGAAUCCAAAAAAGCCCAAGCGAAAGCUGGAAGAUUAAGUGCCGCACGUGCGCUUUGGAUUCUUUGUAUGGACCUGUUCCGUUCUCGUUUUUCUAGUUGUGCCCUUGAGGCCCUCCCUGUGCCAAGACAUAAAGGAACAACUUGUUGUGCACACAGUACGACUAUGAAGAAAAAGGCAAUGGUGUUAACUUAAUACAGAAUGCAUUACUGUACGAUCUGUUGUCUUGAUUUUUUUUUAGCUGACCCGCUGAUCCUGCUUGCGAAUGUCGUGUUUUUUUCCCCACAAAUAAUCGUGUGGCAGAGCGGUCACUAAAUAAGUUUAUAUUAGAUUUAAUGUUUACUGUUUAUAAGCAGUACAUACACAUAUGGUUCUGUGUCUAUCCUAAAUGUUAUUGUCGUCGGCAAUUCAUUUUUUUCAGGUGCUUGUACAAGGACGCCAUAUUGUCUGUACAGUGCUUUGUACAUGUAGUCAAUGAACUGUUUUUUUUUUCCAUAAUCCAGUCAUUUCAUUUUAUCUUCGUAUCAUUUCAGUUGUUCUCAUUUAUCGAGAUCGUUGUCGCCACAUUUCUGCAAAGCCAGUAUGUCCUGAAAUCAUUGUGUGUGUUUCUUCGACUUGUGAUGAAGCAAGUUUACAUUCAUGUAAGGCUGUUUUGAACUUGUAUUGGUUUGAACAUUCUAAUAGCAAAUGUUAGCCUAUUCUGCACAAUUAGUGUUCAUGCUUUUGGAUAUAAAUGAAUGAAGAUUGAACACAUACCAAUUAAGUUCAGAUAAAUAUGGACCAGUAUUUGUGUGUUCCUUUGACUUAUGCUGGAUGGUAAUUAUGAAGCGUUCUUUCUAAACACUGCUGUACCCCUUUAUUUAAAGGGUUGCGAUCUGCUGCCGUUGCAGUUCAGGGUGUUUAUGUGUGCCCAUGAAACGUAGUGGUGUGAUUUCUAUUGUGCCGCAGAGUGCUGCUAUUCUCUAAUGAAGCAAAAGAGCCUCAAUUCACUGAAGUGUGCACUAUAUUGUAUCUCAAUAAGUUGGCAGCACAGCCUAGGCUACGAGCGUGAGCACGUUUGGAUCUACGCACUAGAAUUAUUUUCAGUAUGUCGUGCACCAUUCGACCCAUUGCAUCCUCACUGAUGCUUGUAUUUGCUUUAUAUUUAUGUUGUAAAGCUUUUAACUGCGUGGAAUUUGCAGAAAUUCUGCACCUUCUUCGAGAUCUGUUCCAUUUGCUGUACGUGGCAUUGGGAGAUGUUGAGAUGACGUAUGUGGCAUGUCGCAGGUAUUGCAAGAUCUUUGAGGCUAUGGAUUAGAAAUUGUUGCCUCCACUCUGUAUUUUCUGGCCCAUCCUAAAAUUUUGCGAACAUGAAGCAGCAGCCGAGUGUACGUCUGUCUGUAUGAUGAAGUAACAGAAAAACUCCGUGUGUUUGACGUGUAGCAAGCAGUGCAUGCCGAUUAGAAGUUGUAAAAAAAGAAAAAAGAGUGGCGUCAAAGGGCACCGUGUACCUAUCGAAAACCUGAACACUCCCAAUGACUCGAUUGCCGCAGGCAUGACAAUGGUUCAGAUGCUCCCCCUCGCGCUCUUUCGAAACGUAUGCGAAUGCCACCUUUGUGGCAACAUUGCAGAACGUCUAUUAUAAAAGGUCUCAUUUGCAUGUUGUAGUUUAUUAUAUACUAGUGCAAAUUGUACUAUCUUAUUCAAGGUAUCACAAAGCAAUUGUAUAUGGUGCUACAAAUCCACAGUCUGCUAUCCACUUAGCAUGUAGACAAGCAGUCUCACUCAUCAAUGUUUGUACUGGCUGCAGACCAUUGCCAAAAGCUUAACAAGUUAAAUUGUCCUUCCAUUAAGCACUUUCUGUAUAUCUCGUGAAGCCAAGCUGGUGAAAAAUUUAGGUAGCGUAGGUGCGACUGAUGGCUCCAAAACAUGCUGAAAAGCGUUACCGACUAUGUGAAGGCAUCUUUCUAGCUACCGUGAACUCAAUAGAUCAAAAUGAGGUAAACUUUGCAGUCAGCAGAGCUGUUCCAAGCCCUAUUUAAGGACAGUGCUCCAAGUCAGAGAAACAUAUGGCUCACGUGUUAUCGUGCUCCCGAUUGGCUGAUAGCUGCUGUAGCCUCUGGUUUGCUGCCAACGUAUUGCAAGGUUGAGUGUAAUCAUGCAGCUAGUGUAGAAUGUUCGUUUCUGUAGUAUUUCCAAUGUUUUUCACAAUUUUGUGCAGGGAGUACUUUAGGCUCAUAGUGCAGUUGGUGUAGUUGCGUGUGACAGUGUUUUAUACAGGUUGGCCUACAAGCCUGUUAUAAGCAGCCUUUCCUGUGGUAAAAACCAAAGAUUGUCGUUCUUACCGACAAUUGAAAUGGCUGCUUUCAACUUUGCUGAACCAUAACUGUAAGUACAUUAGCAAUGUGAUCUGUGCCAGUUGUGUACUGUGUUCAGUUUCUGUUCUCCUUCACAAUUUGUACCCAGUCAAAGAUCGUGCCCUGUAACAGACUUGUACCUCUACAGUAGUAGCAACAGUGAGUAAAAAGUGGUACACGUUUACAGCAA